UUUGUCACACAUCACAAUCUUAUCUAUCUAGAAUCAGCCAACCAUGGGCUCCCACGUCAGCAACAAGUAUCUAAGUGUAUCCAAAUCAGCUAUUCUGAGGCCACAAGCUCUUCAUGUGGUUGAAACCAGAUUUAUUUCUCUCUCCCAAAACUUAUAAUCACUCUACCAAUUUCAUAAAAUAAUAUUCACUCACAAAAAAAAGAGAGGGGAAAAAAAAAACUAGCAUUUUGAAUUGGCAAAAAAUGGCAUCUGUUGUGAUGACUUCCCUUCCACAGUUCAAUGGGCUGAAGCCCCAAACACCAACUCUCUCUCCUGUCAAGAAUUUGGUAGCUGUCCCGAUGAGGCGUAGGGGACAGGGAGCUUUGGGCGCUCGAUGCGACUUCAUCGGCUCACCCACAAAUUUGAUAAUGAUUACCGCAACGAGUUUGAUGUUGUUUGCGGGCCGGUUCGGGUUGGCUCCAUCGGCGAACCGAAAGGCGACCGCUGGUCUGAAAUUGGAGGCGAGAGACUCGGGACUCCAGACCGGUGACCCGGCCGGUUUUACCCUAGCGGAUACAUUGGCUUGUGGGACCGUGGGUCAUAUAAUUGGGGUUGGAGUUGUACUUGGCCUCAAGAACAUUGGUGCUUUGUAAAUCACAUAUUUCUGAAUUGUUUGAGUAACUUUUCAACUAUUUGUAGUUGUUCAA